AUGGAGAUGGCCUCUACUUGCUUAGAUCGGGUCUUACUUGAUCUCCAGUUGCUCCUGGACAACCACCAAACGCACUAUCAGUUUGUACCUUCCCACCUUGUGGAAGCGAUUAAAGACAUUAAAUUGCUCAAAUUAUUUCUUAUCUGUGCAAGAAAGUGGAGCAGCAGCAAUGAUUUGUAUUUCGAAUCUUAUAAUGACGUUAAGAAGGCGAGUCUUCCUUUCUUCUUAUCUGAUAUAAACAAAACAGUUCUUGGUGCAACAGAAUCGAGCCCCAGCAAGAAGGUGAGUCUUCAUUCUUGCAUAUCUUACAUUGAAGAUGUCGUUAACAAAUAUGAGGAGUUUAACAAAUAUGAGGAGGAGAUUGACUAUCUUUCCAGUAGAUCAGAAACUGAUGCAGCAGUCACUUUUAUUGUUUGCCAUGAAGUGAUCCCCGAAUUUUUGAAACAGAUCAAAUCAUUCAAGCAAGAAAUCAUCCAAGUGUACAUUACUCUGAUAAGCUGCGGCUCAUUGCAUUUGAAUUCUUGCAUGAGAGAUGAUGAACUUGUGGAAUUUAUAGACUUCAUUCUACAAAAUUUGGUGGAUCUGCUAACUGUUAUGUCAUCUGGUUAUGGGGCUUUGCUUGCUCAACUUCGCGCCCUUGAAAAAAAGCUAACAUUCUUGAAAAGUUUCAUUCUCUUUGCCAAAUUGCGAGGAACGGUAGAUAUUCCUUCCUUGCUAUUUACUCACAUUGAAGUCGUGGUGUUGAUCGCAGCAUGCCUCUCUUACAUGUGUUCCCUCUGGGACGAUGCUGAGGCAAUGUACAAUCCUGAGCACUGCUCUAUCAUAUGUGAACAACUGGAGAUGAUCAAACCAGUUGAUAUUCACGUCUAUGAGAUUUAUAUGCAAGUUCUUAGAGCCUCAAGCACCUCAGCAUCUUUACAUACUACGAUGAUGGAUCAACAGAUAUUGAACAACUUCAAUGAUUCUCUGAUAAGUUGUCUCUGGGACCUAUUAUGCUGCAGUUCUAGCUUUAUGGGUUCAGUAAAAGAUGAAAUGCAAAUACUCUAUGCUGGAUUGAGAUUCUUCAGAAGCAUAUUAAGGGAGCCAAAGGAGCACAUGGAUGAGCUGAAUGAAAAAAUUGGAGCUCUCCUCACUGAGGCGGGGAUCAUAAUAUGCCUACUUUUGCUCAACAGAACGAAAGAAGGAGAGCCUGACUCCUUAGAGUCCACAAAGGCCCUUGAUUUUUAUGAUAUGUUGGUUAAUACCAAUAUUCAUAUCAAGCAUGUUAAGGAUCAGAUCAGUGGCUCAAGCAUUAUAGGGAGUCCUCCUUCCAAUCAUAGCUUCCAAGAACAAGGAGGUUGCAAGCCUUCCAGCCAUAUGCCAUCAGAAGGUAAGAAACCAAUAACCCAUGAAGUCAUGGUUGGUCUUGAUGACGAGGCAGAAAAAGUAAUUGAUCGACUUAUAAGCGGACAAGAACAUCUGGAAAUUGUUCCCGUUGUGGGAAUGGCAGGGCUUGGUAAGACAACUUUAGCCAAAAAAGUUUACAAUGACAAUUCAAUUAUCUAUAACUUCCACAUUCGUUUUUGGUGCACUGUUUCUCAAGAAUUUAACGUGAAAAAGUUGCUACUUCAAAUUUUGCACUCUGAUGGAGAGAAUGAAAAGCUCAAAUUUCUGGAUGAAGAUGAAUUGCUUCAAAAGCUCUAUCAAAAGCUGAAAGGAAAUAGGUAUCUCGUCGUUUUUGAUGAUAUCUGGGACAUCAGAGCAUGGAAUGAAUUGAGGUACUCGUUUCCAGAUAACAACAAGAGAAAUAGAAUCCUCUUCACUAGCCGAUUCUCUAAUGUGGCUUCACAGGUUGAAUAUGGUGGCCAACCUCACAAUCUUCGCCCGCUCACUGAAAAAGAGAGUUGCGAAUUACUGCAGAGGAAAGUAUUUGGAGAGGAAGAUUGUCCUCAACCACUAUGUGGAUUUGGGAUGGAAAUUGCCCAAAAAUGCAAGGGACUUCCCCUUACUGUUGUUGUUGUAGCUGGAAUUCUAGCAACUAUAGAGCAUGAGGUAUGGGCUUGGGAAAAAUUUUCUGAAAGUUUGACUUUGACCAUGGUGUCUAGCACAGAAUUGUGCAAGAAAUCAUUAGAGCUCAGUUAUGACUAUUUGCCAUAUCGUUUGAAGGUGUGCCUGCUUUAUUUUGCUGCAUUUCAAGAAGAUGAAAUAAUUGAUACGAAGAACUUGAUGCGUCUGUGGAUUGCAGAAGGGUUUGUGGAAAACGUUGAAGGAAAGAGAUUAGAAGACAUUGCCGAAGAAUAUAUGAUGGAUUUAAUUGGUCGAAACUUAGUUAUGAUAAGUGAACGUAGAUCCAGUGGUGGAGUCAAAUCUUGUUGCAUUCACGAUUUGUUAUUUGAGUUUUGUAAGAUCCAAGCCAAAGAAAAGAAUUUCCUUCAAGUGUUACGGGGAUUUGAUGAGCUUUCUACUUUCAAUGAGCCUCCCAACCUACCUCGAUUGUCCAUUUUUUCCAGUGGAGAAGAUUUCAUAAAGUCGAAACUGUUUUGUCCACAUUUACGGACUCUGCUAUUCUUCGAUCAGACCGCAGCAAGAUACUUUCAAUUGGCUGAUACCUCCUUUCCUUUCAGCAUCUACAAACGUCUUAAUGUUUUGAAGUUAGACCACAUUCACCUGAUGCAAGAGGAGCUUCCAGAAGAAGUUGAAUCACUUCUUAAUUUGAGGUAUCUAGCUAUUAGAGCUAAGAAUAUUCCACCAUCAAUAGCAAAGAUCUCAAAUUUGGAAACUUUUAGCUUGAAACAUUGUAGGGAAGUCACACUUCCAGGUACAAUCUGGAGCAUGAAAAAGUUGAGGCACCUACAUGUAAGGCCAGGCCCCGCGGUUAUUGGUCGUUUGCCCAAAGACAACGGGGUUGAAAACUCCUCCACUUUGCUCAACUUAGACACACUUUCCAAUCUGGAUCUUCCUUUUAAUCAAGAAGGAGAAAACAUAAUGAGGAAGAUUCAAAACAUCCGCAAAUUGAGAAUUUCCAGCACAAUGGCAGGAAGAAAUGUAUGCUGCAACAUGAGUCGAUUAGAAAGUUUGGAAUCACUCACCUUACUGUUGAUAGACCCCCUCCGUAAAGGCUCCUUGCUUGACUCCCUCCGUAGUCGGAACAUUGAGCUUUCUUUACCUAUGAGCUUAAAAAAGUUGCUCCUUGCCGGAUUGUUUCUCCCCUGUAGUAAAAUGCAGUUGAUUGAACAACUCCCCAAUCUUGAGGUCCUCAAGCUACACCAUGAUUCAUUGUAUGGAGGAAGUUGGGAACUGACUAAAGGAGGAUUCACUAAACUUCGGGUUUUGACUUUCUCCCAACUGGACAUUGUUGAGUGGACAGAGUCAGACCCUGAUAGUGAUGAUUAUUUCCCAUGCCUUCAGCAGUUAAACCUGGAAUUCAGUUGGAAGCUGGAAAAGUUCCCUUCUUGUUUAGAGCGUAUAUCAACUCUUGAAAAGAUUAAGAUGAAGCAUUGGAAAAGCAAUGACCACGACAGAGUUUUAUGUUUAGUACGUGGAAUUGAAGAGUCCCAGAGGAACUAUGGAAAUGAGAAUCUGAAGAUCAUCACCCAGAGGAUCUACUAG